AUGGCCGGAAUUGUCAACGGACCUCUGUCCGUCUUCCGCAAAUCAGACUCCCCCAAGCCGCUUCAUGCUCGCUGGGGCGAUGUCUCCAUUUCCGUUCCCACAGAUGGUUCCUGGAAUCAAUACGACAACCCACAUCGACCAGUGAAAGAACGUUCUUCCUAUGGGCCAGGCUAUGUGCCCGAUACAUCUCCACAAGACCGGACGCCCCGUCCGUUCAAGGAAGAGGCAGACGAUGAUGAUGCCAGUGUAUGCAGUACAUCAUCUACAGCAUCACGUCGCAGCUCUCUGUCUCUCUCGGGCUUGAAGUCAAGUCGGCUCUCAGUACGCCUCGCCUCGCGCCCGAGGGCCCAAAGUGAUUACCGAACAGACAAAGACGCCCGGCACUCCAGUCAAAGCCGGAACGAUUUUUCUUAUCGACCAAUUCACCAAGACUACACAUCCGAAGUUACCGAGAAACCAAAACAACCCAGUAACCGAUUCAAAUAUAUCCCGACAAGUGGCCGCUACCUACAAGACUCCGGCGCACUCCCCCCUCGCAGCCAGUCUGUUAGCUCCCAUCGCAGCCAUUCAUACCGAGACUCAUACGCCGAGUCCGUUGAUGAAGACCACUUCGAUCGUUAUGGCUCAAGCUCCCGGUUCAGUACCCACGAAGACAACCGUCGCAGUUUCCGCGAUAGCAUCGGAGAUGUCUCAGAUGGAUCGCGGCGAAACUAUGGUUUGCCUCCGCGUCGGAGAACCUCGCCUUUUGUUCCGGCUGAUCGAAAUAGAGCUUCUACUUUGAAGCCGGUCACUAUGGCUAUGGUUCCUGAUCCUGAUGAGCUUUAUGAUGAACAAUGGCGGACGCAGUGGUUCAACUUCGGUGCGGUGUUAAGAACGACUCGUGGGGAAAGAAAGGCAAGGAAUCUGUCGUGGCGCAGCUCUGGUCUAAAUCUCCAAGAAACGAGCCAAUCGAUGAAUCCAAACACUACUCAGAGGUGGGAUGCCAGUAUCUCAAUUUUGAACAAUAUUGACUUUCAACAGAUGUGGCUGGGCACCUACCCUUCAAACCCAUCCUACCUGCUCUCUACUGGUGAACAUCUCGGGGAGUAUCUCGAGAAGAACCCUCACUUAGUCGGCAAAUCGGUGCACGAUCGGUGGGGACCAGAGAUCCCUUUCUUACCCAAGAUCCUAUCCUUCAGCAAGGCCCUACCUCUCCAAAUCCACCCAGACCUCAAACUCGCCGCGCAACUGCACAAAGAAGACCCGAAAAAGUAUCGCGACACCAUGCACAAGCCCGAAAUCGCGAUCGCAUUGUCCAAAUUCGAGCUCUUCGCCGGCUGGAAACCACUAGACCACAUCGAAACAUUGUUCAGACUAAACCAUCUGGCAAAAUACAUGCCCCAAGCGAGCGAGUUCAACGACGAGGCCUUGCGCCAAGUCUGCAAGGCUCUACUAAAUGCACCUCCAAAAGAAGUAGUUCAAACAACCAAAGACCUCCAAGCAAUCCCAGAGUCACACUUCGGAGCCCACUCCUACAUUCCAAGUCUCCUGGGCCGCCUCGCAAAGCAAUAUGGCGAAGACGACAACGGGAACCUCGUCGCCGCCCUGCUGAUGAACUACCUGACACUCGGACCUGGCGACUCAGUCUUCGUCCCAGCAGAUAGCAUCCACGCGUACUUGGAGGGAGAUAUUGUGGAAUGCAUGGCGCGGUCAGACAAUGUCAUCAACACGGGAUUCUGUCCCGCGGCCGACCGUGACAGUGUCGAGUUAUUUGGCGAGGCAUUGAGUUUCACGCCGCAUAAAGCGGAUGAUGCGCUUCUUCCGCGAAGGAAGAGUGAUAAAGGUAUGAAAGGGAAGACGGAUGUUUAUGCGCCUCCUAUCAGUGAGUUUGCGGUGCUAUGUACCACUCUUGGCAAGGGGGAGGAGGAGACUCAUAAGGCUAUCUUGGGCCCCAGCCUGAUGAUUGUGACGAAGGGAUCUGGACAAAUGAAGAUCCCUGGUAAUCAGACUGUCGAGCUGAGUGAGGGGUGGGUGUUCUUUGUCGGGCAGGGUGUUGCCUUGGACUUUGCCACAGACAAGGGCAUGGCUGUUUAUCGGGCUUAUGCGGAGUGA